CGGGGAUGCAGGAGGCCAGGAGUGGGAGGAGCGGCAGUGGCGGGACGAGCUGGUAUAUAUUGCAGUGCAGAUUGCCCGACAUUCACACUCCACUCCUCAUCCUGGUCCUUGUUGCCUUUGCUGCUACUGUGCUUCAACAAAUCCGUGAGCCAUGAUGAAGGGAACACUUGUGGCGGCGGUGGUGGUGGUGGUGGCUAUGGUGACGGGCGGCGCUCACGGGCAGUCCAAGGAGGAAUGCAUGAACACCCUGAUGACCAGUUUGAAGAUGGUGGAGCCAUUCUUGCCCAUCUCCAAGAUGAUGGACCGCUACAAGACCAUGGGAGGAGUGGAGGGAGCCAUGCAGCGUCUUAAAUAUUCCAUGAGGACCUGUGUGUGCAGCAUGGUUACUCCUAACCCCACCAACGACACCGUCUGCGGUUGCAUUAAGGAGUUGGAGGAUUGUGAAAAAAUGCACGAGCCGAAAGCAGACACGCCCAAAGAAGAAAUCAUGAACAAAGUCACCGAUCUUAUGAACUGCAUGGGCGUCGAUAGAAUGUCCGCCUGUCUCAAGUGCAAGGAGAUGGUCAAUGAUAACCCCCUGCAUAUGGUCUGCAUGAAACAAGGAUUCGAGUGUCCCAUGAUGAAGAUGGAUAUGGAUAUGAAGGACGGCAUGUAGAGGGUGUAGUGGUGCCUCAAGACGGUCACCCAUCCAAGGCACAACCAGACCCAGCGUUGCUUAAACCUCGCUGAUGCGUUCUUGUCUCGCUCCACUCGCUCCGAUAUAUGUGUAGGACAGACAAACACACACACAAGAGCGCGCACACACACACACACACACACACACACACACACAGUAAUCUUUGUUCUGUUUAUUAAAGUUACAAGCAUCCCU